AUGUGCGCCCUUAUAGAGUGGCAUCGGAAGAGGCGAGGUGGUCCCAAGCUUUGCCCUCUCGAGCGAAAUGACAGUGCCGACACGCAGUGUGGCUACGGGGCGACGCCGUCACCUUUGUGCUCUCCCUUGGAGGAGGAUCCAAAUGCUUCGACGCCGACUCCAAUGCGUACACUCGCAUUCCCAUGCAGCCCCGUGGUCUGCCCAUCUCCAGCGGAGUUCAGCCGCGAGGAUCUCGUGCGGAAAAAUGGCCGACAGGUCUACAACGAGUACGAAUUUCUUGAAGUGCUUGGGGAGGGCUCCUUCGGCAAAGUUCACAAGGCGCGCCACCGCCGCACAGGUAUGCUUCGAGCUGUGAAGGAGAUACCACACACCGGCACAGCAGACGAAGAGUUUCAGCUAGAACUCAAGGCCUUGCAGGAGCUAGACCAUCCACACAUUGUAGAGGUCAUCGAGUACUUCGAUGAUGUAACCAAUUUCUUCCUCGUCAUGGAGCUUUGUACAGGUCCUGACGUCUUCACCUACGUCUUGGAGCGCAUGGACUCGCCAGAUGGCGAUGGCUUUGUUCCAGAAGCGGAAAUCGCAGUUAUUUUGAGGCUCUUCGCUGCAAGAGUAAGUAGGGGAGUGGCUGGCUAG